CUAAGUGUGAAUAAUAGUUUAGGGAAAAAAUGGGAGUAGAUGUGUAACACAUGGAUAAAGAUAAUAAAAAGACAAAAGCACAACAACCCAAAUACUAUGAACCUGAAACAAAAAACUCAAAACAUGAUGAUGGUUUCCAGUAAAAUCUUCUCUUUACUUCAGUUUUUCGCUCUUUUAAAUCUCUGUACAGUUACUUUUGCUUCGACUGAGGAAGCAACUGCCCUCUUGAAAUGGAAAGCAACUUUCAAGAACCAGGAUAAUUCCUUAUUGGCUUCAUGGACGCAAAGUUCUAAUGCAUGCAGGGACUGGUAUGGAGUUAUAUGCUUUAAUGGUAGGGUAAAAACGUUGAAUAUUACAAAUUGCGGUGUCAUUGGUACACUCUAUGCUUUUCCGUUUUCAUCUCUCCCUUUUCUUGAGAAUCUUAAUCUUAGCAACAACAAUAUCUCUGGCACCAUUCCACCUGAGAUUGGUCAUCUCACUAAUCUUGUCUAUCUUGACUUGAACAACAAUCAGAUUUCAGGAACAAUCCCACCACAAACCGGUUCACUAUCAAAGCUUCAGAUCCUCCGUAUAUUUGGCAACCAUUUAAAGGGCUCUAUUCCUGAAGAAAUAGGUUACCUAAGGUCUCUUAUCGAUCUAUCUUUGAGUAAUAACUUUCUUAACGGUUCUAUUCCUGCUUCGUUGGGGAAUUUAAACAACUUGUCUUUUUUGUCUCUUUAUGAUAAUCAACUUUCUGGCUCUAUUCCUGAAGAAAUAGGUUACCUAAGGUCUCUAACCGAUCUAUCUUUGAGUACUAACUUUCUCAACGGUUCUAUUCCUGCUUCAUUGGGGAAGUUAAACAACUUGUCUUUUUUGUCUCUUUAUGAUAAUCAACUUUCUGGCUCUAUUCCUGACGAAAUAGGUUACCUAACGUCUCUUACCGAUUUAUAUUUGAAUAAUAACUUUCUUAACAGUUCUAUUCCUGCUUCACUGUGGAAUUUGAAGAACUUGUCUUUUUUGUCUCUUAGUGAAAAUCAACUUUCGGGCUCUAUUCCUCAAGAAAUAGGCUACCUAAGGUCUCUCACUUAUCUUCGUCUGAAUAAUAAUUUUCUUAAUGGUUCAAUUCCUCGUGAAAUAGGCUACCUAAGGUCUCUUACUAAUCUUCAUCUAAAUAAUAACUUUCUUAAUGGUUCAAUUCCUCCUGAAGUAGGUAACCUAAGGUCUCUUAGUAUCAUAGAUUUGAGUAUUAACUCUCUUAAGGGUUCUAUUCCUGCUUCAUUGGGGAAUUUGAGAAAUGUGCAAAGUAUGUUUCUUGAUGAAAACAAUCUCACUGAGGAAAUUCCUUUAUCUGUGUGCAAUUUGACAUCACUCAACAUUUUGUACUUGCGGAGAAACAACUUGAAGGGAAAAGUUCCGCAAUGUUUGGGUAAUAUCAGUGGCCUCCAGGUUUUGACGAUGUCACGUAAUAACCUUAGUGGAGAGAUCCCUUCAUCUAUUUCCAAUUUAAAAUCACUACAAAUACUGGAUUUGGGAAGAAAUAGUCUGGAGGGAGCAAUUCCCCAAUGUUUUGGCAAUAUAAAUACCCUUCAGGUUUUUGAUGUGCAGAACAACAAACUUUCUGGGACUCUUUCAACAAAUUUUAGCAUUGGAAGUUCACUUAUAAGUCUCAAUUUGCAUGGCAAUGAACUAGAGGGGGAAAUCCCUCGAUCUUUGGCCAAUUGCAAAAAGUUGCAAGUUCUUGAUCUAGGAAAUAAUCAUCUCAAUGACACAUUCCCCAUGUGGUUGGGAACUUUGCUAGAGCUAAGAGUUUUAAGAUUGACGUCGAAUAAACUCUAUGGACCCAUAAGAUCUUCAGGGGCUGAAAUCAUGUUUCCUGAUCUUCGAACCAUAGAUCUCUCUAACAAUGCCUUCUCGAAAGACUUACCAACGAGUUUGUUUCAACACUUAAAAGGCAUGAGGACAAUUGAUAAAACAAUGAAGGUACCAAGUUAUGAAGGAUAUGGAGACUACCAAGACUCGAUAGUUGUUGUAUCAAAGGGAUUGAAGCUUGAAGUUGUGAGAAUUUUGUCUUUGUACACAGUUAUCGAUCUUUCAAACAACAAAUUUGAAGGACAUAUUCCUAGUGUUUUAGGAGAUCUCAUUGCUCUUCGGGUGUUGAAUAUGUCUCACAAUGGAUUGAAAGGUCAUAUACCACCAUCGCUUGGAAGUUUAUCUGUAGUGGAAUCAUUAGACCUUUCGUUUAACCAGCUUUCAGGAGAAAUACCACAACAACUUGCUUCUCUUACGUCUCUUGGAUUCUUAAAUCUCUCCCACAAUUAUCUCCAAGGAUGCAUCCCUCAAGGGCCUCAAUUUCUUACCUUUGAGAGCAAUUCAUAUGAAGGUAAUGAUGGAUUACGUGGAUAUCCAGUUUCAAAAGGUUGUGGCAAUGAUCCUGUGCCAGAGACAAACUAUACAGUAUCUGCGCUAGACGAUCAAGAAAGCAAUUCAGAAUUUCUCAAUGAUUUUUGGAAAGCUGCUCUGAUGGGCUAUGGAAGUGGACUAUGUAUUGGAUUAUCCAUAAUGUAUUUCAUGAUCUCAACUAGAAAUCCGAAAUGGCUUGCAAGAAUCAUUGAUGAAAUGGAACAUAAAAUUAACAUGCGAAGGAGAAAGAAGCAGCAAGGUCAAAGGAAUCACAGAAGAAGAAAUAAUCACUUCUAGACAAGUUGCCAAUAGCGAAAAAGGAUCUGAUUUCUGAACUUCAGAUUUUCAAAUGCCAAGAAUUAGAACGCAUUGGCGUAAUGGAUUUGGUUCUUCCUGCAGCUUAUGAUGUUGGAUUUGAUUUUUAGUUUCUUUUUAGCUUUAUAAGUAAGUUUUUUUUUAACUUGGAAAAUGUAAUGUUAUGAAUUUUGACUAUGUAUAAAGUUAUAUGUAAGGCAAAGUGUUAAAACAGUUUUACCUCUG